UUUUCGUCGCAUCAGUCGUCGACGAACUUUCGGUCGGUGAAGCGAAGUUAGCAAGUGAUUGAUAAUCUGGGUGGAAAACGCCUAUUAGCGCCAGUCUACUCGAGAAACUUCUUCCCGAAAACACCGCGUCCUCAAGUCUUGAAAUUCCGAUCUUGAAUUCCUUGCGGCAUGUGUGUUUGUGCCUAGUGAUUGUUAAGAAUCCGGAAAUAAGUGUGUUUGUUCGCUAUGGCGUCGACCGUCAACGGCUUUAGUAAAGGAUUGCCAGAAACCUUAUCACGGAUGAAUUCCGACGAAAAAGCUGAGCUUCAAGAGCAGUUCACAGCGAUCGACAAAAAUGGAGACGGUUGGAUCGACAUGUCAGAGCUGAAAAAUGCUCUGGACAUGUGCGGGUUCAAGCUGCCCGGCUACAAAAUCCGCAAAAUGGUCGAGGAUUACGACGCCAAGAAGAGGCUCACGCAACCCGGAAAAAUCAACUUCUCCGAAUUCGAAAAGUUAUGCACAGAGCUGAAAUCUAAUGAAGUUGCAAGCACAUUCAAACAAGUUGUCUCAAAGAAAGAAAAUUUGGAAACUUUGGGUGGGAUGUCAGACGCUUCCAGUGAAGGUACAACCCACUCGGUAAGGUUAGAAGAACAGUUAGCUUUCUCCGAUUGGAUAAACAGCAAUCUUGGAUAUGACCCAGACUUGAAACAUCUUCUACCAAUAGAUUCGGAAGGAAAAAGUUUGUACGACAAAGUAAAAGACGGAAUACUCUUGUGUAAAGUUAUCAAUCAUUCCUGUCCAGAGACUAUCGAUGAACGUGCAAUAAAUAAGAAAAACUUGACCCUGUAUACAAAAUUAGAAAAUUUAACCCUAGCACUGGUUUCAAGUCAGUCAAUCGGUUGUAAUAUUGUCAAUAUUGAUGCACACGAUCUUGCUAAGGGCAAGCCACAUCUUGUUCUUGGAUUGUUGUGGCAAAUCAUUAGGAUAGGGCUUUUUAAUCAAAUUACCUUAGAAAAUUGCCCAGGUCUACCUACUUUGUUGAGGCAUGAUGAGCGCAUUGAAGAUCUAAUGAAGCUAUCACCAGAAGCAAUUCUCCUUCGGUGGGUUAACCAUCAUUUAGAACGUGCUGGAAUUCCAAGGAGGUGUCACAACUUCCAGAACGAUAUCUCCGACUCUGAGAUCUACUCCCACUUGCUGAAACAAAUCGCACCAGACGACUCGGAAGUGACUUUGGAAGCUCUGAUGGAACCAGAUAUGACACAAAGAGCCGAAAUUAUGCUUCAACAAGCUGCUAAGCUAGGAUGCAGGAGUUUUGUCACUCCAAAUGAUGUUGUCGGUGGAAUCUACAAGCUAAAUCUUGCCUUUGUUGCCAACCUUUUCAACAACCACCCUGGUUUGGACCGACCAGAAGGAAUUAUCGAGGAUUUCGGAAAGUUAGAGGAGACUCGGGAGGAAAAAACGUAUAGAAAUUGGAUGAACUCAAUGGGUGUAACUCCAUAUGUUAAUUGGCUGUAUUCAGAUCUAGCCGAUGGACUUAUCAUAUUCCAGUUGUAUGAUAUUAUCAAACCAGGCAUCGUAAAUUGGACCAAAGUUCACAGAAAGUUUUCCAAGCUGAGGAAGUUCAUGGAAAUUUUAGAAAACUGUAAUUAUGCUGUCGAACUCGGAAAGCAGUUAGGAUUUUCUCUAGUCGGAAUUGCCGGUAAUGAUCUUAGUGAUGGAAAUGCAACACUGACACUUGCGCUAAUUUGGCAACUGAUGCGUGCUUACACCUUGUCAGUAUUAACUCAGCUAGCUAAUACAGGUAGUCCAAUCGUAGAAGCAGAAAUCACAUCUUGGGUCAAUAACAAACUUGAGUCAGCCCACAAAGAUACAAGACUUAGGAGUUUCCAGGAUUCUGCUCUCUCCGAUGGCAAAAUUGUAAUAGACGUUAUUGAUUCAAUCAAGCCAGGAAUCAUCAACUAUGAUUUAGUCAAAGAAGGCUCAACUGAAGAAGAGAAAUUAGCCAAUGCAAAAUACGCCAUUUCUAUGGCUCGCAAGACGGGUGCCCGAGUUUACGCAUUACCAGAAGAUAUUACCGAAGUGAAACCAAAAAUGGUCAUGACCAUGUUUGCCUGUCUGAUGGCGAUGGACUAUGUUCCAAGCAUGGAUGCCAAGUAAUCCUGACACCUACCGAAUCUUUCGUCAGGUUUGUCAAACUGUUCUUUUUUUAUCGUCGCAUAAUAUUGAAUCAUCGGAUGAAAUAAUCAAGGAAAGUUUUUUUUAUAUUUCCAAUCUAUGUGUCAUAAUAUUUUUACGUGCAAUUGAAUACAAAACUGUUGGAAUCAUUCAACGAACUUUGCAUUUUUUAAGGUUAGGUGUAUGUUGUUUUAAUGACUGCUUUGAAGGAACGCCAUACGUGUAAUGAUACGUGAGUGUGAUUGAAUGUUUUUGAUCAUUAUUUUACCGCAUUAAUUUGUAGGCUUACAUAAUUUUUAGAAGGAUUUAGAGUCCGUAAUUGCAUUCUUGUUUUUUAGUGAACUUUUUUACUUUACCUGAAGGAAAAUGUAUUUUUAUCACUAGCUUUGCUAUUCAAGCCAUUCCUUUUGUAGAGGUGACCUAAGAUUCUUAACUUAAAAGUACUUUGCUACUCGUGCCGAUGAGACAUUAAUUAUUUUUUUGUGAUUGAAGUGAAGAGAUCAUGAAUUAAAUUUUUUUUAUUCAUAUAUUUUCCUGGCACUCUGCACCAGUGUCCAUUCCAUUUUACGUAGACAACACAUCUUCAAUAACUUUCCAAACCGGUUUUGUCUUAUCUACCUUUACACUCCAGAUCCAUCUCGUAAGAAUUGCUCUGAAUCAUUCCUGUGUCUCAUAAAUUGAAUCAGCAAGUUUAGUAUGCAAUUUAAGAGAAGAUGUAAUUCAAUCUCUCAAGUCGAACAUUGAUGACCUAAGCAUGCAGAAGCAUAUGUCUCCAAUGAAGUACUUCAAAAUUUCCACACCCAUAUCACUUCCUCUUCAGAAAAGAAACAAGCUAACUUUACAGCUUGAAAUUCAAGCAGAAUAUUCCGCUAAGAGAGGAGAAAAAUUAAUACAGUUUUCAAGAGUAUGCUAACCAGUUUUCCGAAGAGAAAAUAAAGUAUGAGAGGAAGUCUGCAUUGUGAAAAACGGACUCAUGUGAUUUUGCAUUCAGGCCAUCGAUAUAGUCUAUUUUAGAUGAGAAUGAAGGAUUGAACCGCUAGUAAGAUAGAAGAAAUUGACUCGAUAUGGAGACAUUUUAAAACUAUGAGGAUUUUGUUCUCAGCAGCUCAAUAUAUUUCCUCCUUAAAUUCCAGUGGAUAUAAGCCUAUUUUGAAUCAUGUUAAACUUUUAUUUUUUUAAAUGUUUACUUCAUUUUAAAAAAUUAAACCGAUUGCUCAAUUUCCCUCAUUUUUAGUAGGCUCUGAAGUAAUUAUCUUUUUUGUUUGUGAAAGCAUCAGUUGUUGAUCAUCGGUGUUAAUCAUUCUACUCCCUCCUGGGUCAAAUCAAGUAAUUGUCUCACCAUUCAAUCUUAUUUUCUGUCAAAUCUCAAAUUUACAUUCCUCAGAAACUGAGAAGUCUUGAUAUUUCAUGAAGUCCUUUUUUUCUUCCCUUUUUAGCAUAUUAAUCAGUAAUGAGUCUCGGUUUUUUUAUUUUAUUUUUUUAUUAGUUAUAUUUAUGGAUUUAGAGUUGCCAGAUUGCCCCAAUAUUUUUUAAAGUUUUCCAUAAGUACAUGCAUUUGAGGAACUCUGUAACAUGUUAAGAGUUGUACAAGUGUACAAAUCCUAACCUGGUGCUAUUACGUUGUUUUCUUCUCUUUUCCUUACCUUUUCUUGAAAUGGAUUAUCGCUAUGAUUAAGAAUUUUCUUGUUAUCUUUGUAAUUUUUUUAUUUUCAUUUUCAAGAGUUCAUUUUUUCUGUUUGAAAAAGGAGUACAUAAUCAAGCAAUCCAGCAAUGAAUAUGUAAAUGCCAUAACGACAAUAAAACUGCAGGAACGCAUAUUUUUUUUGCAGUGUUUCAAAAUCUCUUUUCAAAAUUAUACUUGAUCAAGGGCCUCAUCAUUUCUUGAAAUUUUCAUGGAUUGUUUUUCACAUAGAGAGGGAAAAUCUGAAAAAUUUUCAAGAAAUGACCUUGAGUAUUUUUUUACUUAAAAAAUAAAAUGUGAUAGAAAGUUUGCAAUGUUGCAAACGAAGACUUGCAUCUUGCAGUUACACCAUCAGUAUACUGAUCAUCUUUGCCUGAUGAGGUCACAAAAACUCCACCUUGAUCAUAAUUUUACGUUUUUUACUUAAUUCAUCAUCAUUAUCAUGGUGUUGAAAAUUCGGUUUGUUUCAUCUGAAUCCUGCACAAAAUUUUGCUCCCUUUACAUCAAGAUAAUUUUUUCUUCCCCAAAGGUCAAAACAUGAUCAUUUCAGUUGUGAAUUUUAGCAAAUCGUUGUGCCAAUAUUGUUGUGAGAUACGCAGUGGUUUUUUAUUGCUGCUUCUUUUGAAAAUUUUGUUAAUGAUCAAUCUUUUUGAAAAAAAGGAAAAUGAUGCUACCUGAAAAGAGUGUUUUUGCUCUGAGAUUUUUUUCAGAACAAACACUAUAAAAUCGUUAUAGUUUUGAAUUUUAUCACAAAAUCGUUAUUCGGCCCUGCAACAUUCAUCCAAAGGAUUAAACAAUUGACAUAAUUUGCUCUUGAGAAAACCUCAUUGUGUUUUCUCUAAGCCAUCAUAAGUUAAUUGAAGAACAUUUUAUCAGAGUCCUUUAUCAAUGUCAUCUUAAACCUGUCAUUAAAUGUCAGAACUUCUACUUUUUAAGUCUAUCUUAAUUUUGUUUUGUUUGUGCGCGUUGUGUGGAAAAAAUUAUUGAAUCAAAAUUAUUACUCUUACCUGUAUGCUUAACAUAUGAAUAUUCUAUGCUUUAGGUAUUUGACUUUGAGGUUGAACACUUUUUGUUCAACUGAAUUUUUAAAGUUUUGUUUUUCGAUCUCUUUCUUUUCGCUUUUUGGAAAAAGAUAAGUUUGCUUAAUCUCAGUGUUUCUUAAAGAUUGCUUCGAAUCAUGGAUAAAGAAAAAAAAAAGUUGUAAGCCUUUAUCACCAAUCAUUGUUAAUUUUUUCUUCUUUUUAUUUUCUGUGUAAUAUUAUUUAUAAGAGAAUGUCAAGUAGUGGAGAUCUUAAUCUGAACCAUCAAUUGUAGCAGAGAAUGCUACCAAAACUUGGAAAGAUAACAAAGAUCAUAGUAAGAAAAGUCAAUUGCGAUCGCAGCUAUGACUGACUUGUCCUUAGCCAUUAACUUUAUUAAAAUUUAGCUACCAGCACUUUUCUUCAGUUUGAAUUUCUGAGAAAACUGAUGCUCUUGAAACUGUCAUGUGUCAGAGUGUGGCAUACCGCUAGGCCAGUUCAAACGCACUUUGAGUAACUGGACAGAAAACAUCAGUGCCAUGGUAAUUGAUUGUUACAAUUGGUAUGGUGAACUGAAUACCACCUACUUUUUUUACUGUUUUGAGAAGUAUGAAUUGAAAAAUCUUGAAAAUAAUCUAAACUUUUAUGUGAGAUAAUUUUUAUUGUAUUUUAAGUACUUUUUGUAUGCAUAAUUUAUUUUAACAAAAAUUACUCGCAUUAUAUUCUCCUAUGAGACAUUUAGUUUCCAUUUUAUGCAGUUAUGUGUAAUUUUAAUAAAAGAAAAAAUCUUUCCAUCAA